UUUUCCUCGGCGCUCUGGUCACCUAUUCAAUAGCAAAUUAUGUUGAAAAAUAGCCUGUUCGUAGGCCUACUGUGGAUAUUAUUUGAAAGUGCCUAGAAUGGGAAUUUUCGCUUUUUAUUGCUAAAAUUCUGUGCCACGCUUUCCGCGCGGCGGCAGGUUUCUCUCAAACGCACGGAAUUGCCUGGGAGGCAACGGUUGACCGAAAACGUUGGAGUAGAUGGAGAAUAUGAUCUAAAGCGGAACACAUGGGGAAAGAAAAAAAGGAAUAAGAGGAUAGCGUACGUAACGACAGAUAUUGCUCAUAAACGCAGCAUUCUUUUUCAAAUGUGAAGUUGCCAGAAUCUGAGAAAAUCAAGAAUUGUAUUCGGUUACUAAUUAGGUAUUUUGAUUCAUUAAUUCUGUGGGUAUGUAUAGUCAUAUCUAAUAAUAUAUCGGAAUGUAGCUUAGUAGGGUAUCUAUACGACCACUGCUGUAAUAACCAAUGGUAAAAAGUUAGAUAGGUCAAUAGGCCUACUGUAAAGUUAUUUCUGCAUGCCUUCUUGGCCACAAUCACUCUUAAUUGUUGUGUAUGGAAUGACCUGUUAUCCUGACCUGUAGGAACUAGUGUUACCAUGCACCGGUUUAUUGGUAUGAACAAGCACGAAAAUGUAUAAACAAAGUAGGCCUACUGUAAGUACUUCUGCUAAAUGACUAAAAUGUAAAUGUACAACAUCAAUUAUCAUAAGUGUUGUGGAAUGAUUUGUUGAUGGACCUGCAUCUUCCUUACCUUGAAUAGUGCAUUACAUCACUCAAACUCAUUACACAAUUAUCUGUCUUCCAUGAUAUGCACUAAAUCUAUCAGACACACUAAUGUUGUCAUCUACUUUCUGAGCCUAAACUCAACAUGUCUUCCAGAAAAAACUAAUCACAGAAUCAUUGAUCAUAUCAGCUGCUAGUUUAUUUACCACACGUUGCUUUUUUCUGCGCACACCCAGUCACAUUGCCAACCAACGCGUCCAGAUUAUUAAUAGUUGAAAAUAAGCUUUUAAUGAACAACCAGGGUUACUGAAACCUGAGGCGCAGGGCAUUAUUUCUUCAUCAUUGGUAACUGAAUACGAUCGUGUGGAGACUGUGGACUCUGUAGACUAUCAGCUGGACAGGCACGAGUCUGAUUUAGAACGGAGGCUGUUGAGGUAAGGAGGAGGCUGCAUAUUCCUGACGCUAAAGGGGGACUGACAAGGACGCAGCCUAGAGCUGACCUCCACCUCACCUGGCCGCUCGCCCCCCUCCCCCCACAAAGGGACGCCUGCUAGGCCGAGCACAAGCUGAAGAGGAGGACGAGAAAGAGACUCUGCCAGACUGUGCCCUGCGCCUCACCAGAAGAGGUCCUGCCUCAGAGCUCCUCUCCCAGACUGGUUGGGACACUCCAGUUGUGUUUUGACACUUUUCUCUUGAGUUUUUUUUACUCAUCCUCACUGGAGUGAGAGCGUGAAGACCUUUUGAAGACCCAGAGCUUUUUGCUGUGGGAGCACCUUUACUUGGAGUAGCUGCUAAUAGCCUGAGACCUACAGUCUUGCUUUGUCUUUCCCUGUCUGUGGUGUUUGUGGUGUGUUUGUGAGAGUGCUUGUGGGUUGGCAACGGUGAGAGACAUCUCCCUUCCCUCUGCCAGGAUGUCUGCAGUUCAGCUGCUGCUGGUCCCGCUGGCGCUGUGGGCUCUGCAAGCGUCUUUGUGCCAUGGAGCGUGUGUGGAGGUGGACUCUGACACUGACGCGGUGGUCAACGAAGGCUUUAAGCUGGGUUGUAUCUCCUGUAAAAUGAGGGGCGAGGUGCCCGCCGAGGCCACUGUUGAAUGGUCCUUCAUGCCCCAAGGGGAGAGCGAGUUCACAAAAAUCUACAGCUACGAGGAUCUAAUGAGCGACAUCCCGGACGAGCGCUUCUACGGGCGUCUGGACUGGAAUGGCAGCAAGAAGACCAAGGACCUGCAGGACGGCUCCAUCUACAUCCUGAACGUGACGUGGAACGACACGGGCACCUACCGCUGCUCCUUCAACCGCAUCCUCACCUUCCCCUCCUACGAGUUCCAAACUAACGCCACCAAGAUCGUCCACCUCAACGUGGUGCCAAGACUGACCAGGGGGUUAGCGUCCAUCUUGUCUGAGGUGAUGAUGUAUGUCACCAUCAUUGGGCUGCAGGUAUGGCUGGUGGUGGAGAUGAUUUACUGCUACAGGAAGAUAUCAGCACAAGGCGAGGAAGCAUUGAGAGAGAGCGCGGCGGAGUACUUAGCUAUAGCUUCGGAGAGUAAAGAGAACUGUGCAAUGGUGGCAGUGGCAGAAUAGCACUGGUUAAAGAAUGGCUCCAAAUGACGAAUAGCUCUCGAUAGCCCUUCAACACUUCUCCACUUCACCCCUUCUUCCGACUUCCAUUAUGACACCAUCUCAUUACCCCAUCCUCCCACAUCCAGGAGGACAAGCAGCCAAGAGGAGGAGAGGAACAUUCCAUCAAGGAAGACAUCAAGGACCACGGAGGAACACAUAACAUUCAUUGAUAGUGCAAGAUGUUUUUUUCAUUUCCAGAGAACAGACAGAUGAGAAGUGAAACAGCCAAUGAAAAAUGACUUUACUGUAGUUAAAUGCAAAUAUACAGCAUGGGUGUACUAUCUAGUUAUCUAUCUAUCUAUCUAUCUAUCUAUCGAGUUUUAUAUACAGUAUGUAUGCUUAAUUAUACAAUCCAAAUCUUCAUUAUAAUGUAUGAGUAUUACAAUAAGUUUGUUCAUACAUACUAUUUCUAGCAGUAUAGCUGCACGUUUAGUGAUACAUCAUAACUAUUGGCAUUAAUAUGUUUCUAAAGGUAAUUUUCAUGAUUCUAAAGUGUGCUUAUAUCAAAGCAAUUAGCGGUCAGAACUCAACUGCAAUCUUGCCAAAUGGCUUUAGUAGGCAAUGUCUUGAUCAGACAUUCAAUGGCUAUUAUGCUCAAAUCCAGCCUACCGGUAUAUUCAAAAACAUUCCAAGAAAACCUUAAGAAAGUUAUGUAUUCAGGUUAGUGAAACGAGUGCCCUGAGAAGUAGAAGCCUAUUUCUACCAGUAAAGUUUAAAGCAUAAAUGUUCCAGUAAUGUUACCAAUAGUCUUUUUUAGAUGGGGAUCACUCAAACUCAAAAAGUACAUAAAGCACAUUAGUAUCAUGGCACAUUCACUAUCCAGUAUCUAGUAUAGGACUCACGUCCGUACAUAGUUAGAUACAGUCCUUCUCUAUUAAUGAAAUGGAGUCAUUUUCAUGUAACCGGUUAGUCUCAUUGAGAUUUUGCAAGAGAAACUGAUGGUUGUGAUUUCAUCUACAUUAAUUUGGACAUCAGCUUGUGAGGGUUGCUUAUGUCAGACGAUUUAAGGUAAUUAACAUUGUCAAUUCCUCACAAAGCUAUAAUUAUCCACCAAAGUAUCCUUCUAGAAAGUGUCUCAGAGUAUCGAGAGAGAACGAUGCCCACAUUAUAGCAGUGCCCUUUUUAAUGUUUAAACUAUCAUUCUACCGUUGAUGUGACUGGAAACCUCAACAUGCAACAUCCGUACAUUAUACAUAUAUUUAUUGCAGUGUAAUUGCAUUCUCUCCAUUUUUCAUCAACGCUUUAUUUGCUAGAUUUUCCUUACCAUAUUUACAACAACCAAGGGUUUGUGAUAUUAGCUACCAUUUUACUGCCGUGGGAAACUGUACCACAAUUUGUCCAGUGUGCUAAGAGCAGGAAUGUCUAUGACUGGUCGAAGACCUGAAAUGGUUUAGACUCUAAACUGGUUUAAACAAGUUAUUUCAUGAAGAUACCUAAUGUGAGCAGAAACUAUACUAUAUACAGUGUUGGCUUAGUGCUCAUAUCAAUCAAUCCCUAUGGAGCAGAAUACAGUGAGCUGCUAUUGAAAUACUGACAUCCCUGUCAUUCCUAUUUGGCAGUCAAUUCUGAAUUAUACCUCCAGGGGCAGCAUAAUACUGCCUAAAGUGCACUGCAAUCUUGCAUGCAUACUUUCUUUUAUAAUGUCAUUGGGAUCUGGGUUUAACUACUAAGGGGUCUGGGUUUGCUACAUUUGAAGUACGGAAAAGUGAAAGAAUAAUAGGAUUCUUAUUGCAUGAUAACUGCCACAUAUGAACAAAGGAUAAUUCAUUAGAAUUAAUGUUCAAGAUUCUGCAUUAUUCUAAAUUCCCUUUAAAAACCUUGUCGAAGCUGAUUUGGUCAAAUUAGAGUUUCAGCCUGGAGGUGUGUUGGGUCAUUGUCCUGUUGAAAAACAAAUGAUAGUCACAC